GUUUCGCGCCCUGUGUAGUCAAUGCCAGCUUGAUACACAGCGACGCUUGACAUCUAUAAUUGCAGAGAUAUUACAGGUUACUAGAAGAAGAAAUGCGCAGCUCAUGGUGCAGCGGCAUUGAACCGCGCACAAACGGGGUUUCGCGCAACACUCUUGCUGAAACGCUGUUAGCCCUUUGAUAUCUACAAACACAAUGCAUCGACAAAGAUCUGGACUGGCGGUGAUGCUUGCCUUGACAACAGCACUUGCGCUCGUCGGCCCGCCCGCUGCUGCGGCCGCGUCCGGGCCAUCGAAGCCCAAUCCAUCGACGCCCGGCCCGCUCAACGCGCGCGCCAGUGACCCGAUGGAACCCGAGCUCGCGGGUCUACGACGACAGCUGGCAGAAACCCAGGCCGCCCUGGAUUCAAUCGCGACACGCGUGGGGCUGAUGAGCCCCCAGGCCGCCGCCACCGGCCCUGCCUCCGGCCAACCCCGGUCCGGCCCCGCGCCCUACACCCGCACCCAGCUGCUUUCCACCCUGUCUGCCGCCGCUACAGCCCCCACUUCGUCCGCUGCUACAGCCGCUGCUGCAGCUGCCGCCAGCUCCGCGGCUCGCGAGCUGCUGGGGGCUGAGCAGCAGCUGCGCACGGAGGUGGGGGUGGCGCUGCAGCGCGCCAACCACCUGCGGCCCGACGGCGGCACCAGGCUGCCUGAGGCGGAGGCGCACUACAGGGUGGUCCUGUCGGCAAUGGUGGAGGCGGAGCAGGAGGUGGAGGUGGAGGCAGUGGCAGCAGAGGCAGCUGGGGCGGCGGGAGCAGCAGCAGAGGCAGCGGCGGGGCAGCGGCGUCAGCUGCAUCAGGCUCGGCUGGUGCGGCUGGGUGUGUGGGGCAACCUGGCGGCUCUGCUGCUCGAGGCGGACCGGCCGCACGAGGCGCUGGAGGAGCUGCGGGGGGCGCUGGAGCUGGCUGAGGCCAACGACCUCACCGACGCCACCACCGCCCACACGGACCUGCCCGCCAGCCCCUCCCUCUCCCCCGGCCCCUCCUCCGGCCCCUUCAGCCCCCAGGCGGGUCUGGGCAAUCUGGUGUGUGGCCUGCGCUUCAACGCCGGCAAGGCACUGGCGGCGGUGGGUCGCACGGCUGAUAGUGAGGCGGCGUAUGCGGCGGCGGCCCGGGGCGCAGUGGGACUGGACCCGGCCUGCUUCGCCAAGGCCACUGCCGCCAUGACCCGCCUCCCGCCCGACCUGGCCGCACACGUGAGGGCGGCGGUGGCGGCGGCGGCGGACAGCGGCCUCACAGCCCGACUGAUCCGGGCGGCGGCGCGGCAGGCACGGCGGGCGGCGGCGGCGGCGGCGGGUGGAGCUGGGACGGCGGCGGGGGCGACAGAUGAAGAGGAGGAUGAGGGGGACGAGGAGGCGCUGCAGCAGACGUUGGCAGCGGCAGGGGAGGCCGGCGGUGUCGGGGGCAGUGCGGCAGACGCCGCCGCCAGUGCCGCCUCAAUAGCAGUACUGGCGCAGUUGCCGGGACUGGGCAGCAGCAGUAGCAGUAGCGGCAGUAGCAGCGGCAGUAGCGGGGAAGGCGACGGCAGCAGCAGUAGCAGCACCGGGGCCGCUACUGCCGCCGCUUCGUUCCUGACGGCGGCGGCUGCUGCUGCGGGUGGGCGGCGGCGGGGUGGCUGGCUGGCGCCUCUGAGUGCGCAGGAGCUGGGGUGGCUGCACUUCGCGGCGUGGCGGCAGAUGGACGGGGAGGGGGAGGGGGAUGGGGCGGACAAGGAGGGGGCGUCACCGCAGGAGGCGUGGGAUGUGCUGGUCAAGGCCAACCAGCUGCUGGCGCCCUCGCCGCCCUACGACCCCGCCACCGACUGGCGCCAGCUCGCCACCCUCACCGCCGUGUUCACACGCCGCCUGCUGCAGGCGGCGGAGGCGGCGGAGGCGGCGGCGGCGCGGCGGGGGCGGAGGGGAGGCAGGGGCAUCCAGCAGGGGGGAGCGGUGGGGGAGGAGGGGGAGGGGGAGGAGCCGCGCGGGCGGCGGGCGGUGUUUGUGAUGGGCCUGCCGCGGAGUGGGAGCACACUGGUGGAGACGAUGCUAGCCGCUAUCCCCGGUGUGUGGGGUGCGGGCGAGGACACCGCCAUGGCGCCCCUCACCACCGCAGUCAACCAGCUGCUGGCCACACAGGGUCUGUCACAGCCGGACAAGUUGGCGGAGUAUGGGCGCCGCUACACGGCUGUCAUGCUGGAGCGCGCCGCCGCCAGUGGGCAGGGCGGCUGGGGCCCCGGCCGGCCGCCGCUCAGGACCGUGGACAAGAUGCUGCGCAACCUGUGGCUGAUCGGCUACAUCCAGCUGCUGCUGCCCGGCUCCUGCCUGGUGGCUGUAGCACGGCACCCGCUGGACGCCGGGCUGAGCUGCUACAGCCAGCCCUUCGGCUACAGCGGCGUGCCCUGGGCCUGGAGCCUGGAGCACAUCGGGGAGCAGAUCCGUAUGACUGCGGCGCUGCUGGCGCACUGGCGGCAGCACCUGCCGCCCGGCCGCCUGCUCACACUGUACUACGAGGAGCUGGUGGCAGCGCCCGAGGCCACCGCGCGGCGGCUGCUGGCGCACUGCGGCCUGCCCUGGGACCCCGCCGUACUGGCCUUCCACACCUCCAACCGAACCGUGGCAACCGCCAGUGUCGUACAAGUACGGCAGCCGCUGUACACCAAGGCGGUUGGGCGCUGGCGUAAGUACGAGCGGCAGUUGGCGCCGCUGGCGGCGGCGGUUGCGGCUGAGGUACGGCAGUACGAGGCGGAGGUUGAAGUGGCGGUGCGGCGGGCUGUGGCGGCGCAGCGGCGGCUGCAGGAGGCGGCGGAGGCGGCGGAGGCGAGCAAGGCGGCGGCGGAGACGGAGGGGAGAAAGGCGGCGGCGGAGGGGAGAAAGGCGGCGAAAGCGGCAGAGGGGAAGGAAGGGGGAAGGGAGGGGAGAAAGGAGGAGGGGCAAGGUGGGAGCAGUGGGAGAGGGCAGGCAAGGGGGAAGGAGGCGGGGGAAGGUGGCCGGACGGAUUCCAGUCGGUCUGAGCUGUGAGGGUCUAGACAUGAUGAGCUGUGUGACGUGCGGUUGCUGUGUGCACACGAGUGGGACCUGCUGACGUAUUGCAUAUCAGCUGGGGAGGCGCGUGGGGUGCGUCUGCUGCCGCGAAGGCCGCUGCGCUCUGGGUUCGUGACUCGUGAGCUACUCCGUCACCGGCUACUCUGUUUGGGGGGCGUUGCUGCUUUGCUGCGCAACGUGUUCACUGUUCAGGUGUUGUGGCAAGCAGUGAGCGAGGCAGUGCAGGUUCCGGACCAGGUUCCGGACUGUGAAUGGGAGGCCGGUCUCGUGUCCGUCUCCGUCUCCACGGGUGUCGCCCCGACCGGCUGGUGUUCGGGCCGGCCGUGAGACCUGCUGUGUGCGCCGCGGCGCAUGCGGGUGGCCGCACCGGAGGCCCCUCACCCCCUUUCCUGUGUAUGUGUGUGUGUGUGUGCGUGUAUGUGUGUGUGUAUGUGUGCGUGUGUGGAUGUGUGAAUGUGUGUGUGUGGAUGCGUGUGUGUGUGUGUGUAUAUGUGUGUGUGUGUGUGUGUGUGUGUGUGUGUGUGUGUGUGUGUGUGUGUGUUAAAAAACGAAACGAAAGCCCGCCCAAUGACGCGACGGAGUUACUUACCGAUACCCACCAUUUUACCGAGCGUCGCGUGACUGUCGUGACCCAGGUAGUCAUACUUACCCGCGAUAAGCCUGGAACCCCACGGGCGACCAUUCGGCCUGACCCCGCGAUGCACCUGUAUGCGUCCAUGCUCCGCACCCUGGGCGCGCUAAACAACGUUUACCCAGCACGCCUAAUUCCCGGAUUCCCGCCCGCUGGUCGUAGUCGAGCUCACCUAUAGGCAAAGGUGGAAGCAUGGGCAUAGGGCGGCAGCGAGGAAGUGUCACGGGCAUGUGAAUGGCAACGGCGAUAAGAGAGGCGGCGUGCAGCAGACAAGCUAGGUAUCACGCGUCCCAAAUC